AUGGCCGGCACCGGCGACCUUGAUGCCGAUGCGGUACUCAGCGACGUCGAGGACGACGGCGGCGAUCCGAUUCCGCUCGAGACGAAGGCUCCCUCGCCGGAAGACGUCUCCGUCGAGAAACUCCGGGAUGUUCUCGCCGAACUCGAUAGGGAGCGGCAAGCGCGCAUCGCCGCGGAGAAUACGAAGUCGGAAUUGCAGGUUUCGUUCAACAGAUUGAAGGCGCUAGCACACGAGGCAAUAAAGAAGCGCGAUGAGUUCGGUCGCCAGCGAGACGACGCCGUUCGGGAGAAGGAGGAGACGGCGAAGCAAUUAGAAGAAACCGCGAAGGAACGCGACGCGCUGCGAUCGGAGAUUGGGAAUUCGAGCCACAUGCUGGUCACGGGUAUGGAGAAAAUCUCGGCGAAGGUCAGCAGCUUCGCCGGCAACGCGCUGCCGCUGCCGCGGUCACAGAAAUACACAGGCAUGGCGGCGGUGGCGUACGGCGUAAUCAAGCGCGCGAACGAGAUCGUGGAGGAGCUUUUGAAGCAGAACGAGGCGACCGCGAAGGCGAGGAACGAGGCUCGGGAGCAGAUGGAGCAGCGGAAUUACGAGAUUGCCAUUGAGGUUUCUCAGCUUGAGGCCACGAUCAGUGGCUUGAGGGAUGAUGUUGCAAAGAACGCUUCGAUUGUUGAGGAUUUGGAGAGGGACUUAGCUGUUAGGGAUCAGAGGCUGAACGAGGUUUCGGAGAAUUUGAGUAAGGAGCAAAGCGAGGCUUUGCAGUUGAAGGAGUUCGUUGCUGAGUGUGAGGAGAAGUUGAGUAACUUGGAAUCUCGGAUGGAAUCGCAAAGGCCUUUGUUGAUUGAUCAGUUGAGUUUUGUUUCCAAAAUUCAUAACCAGAUAUGCAAUGUUGUUAAGAUACUUGAUGACGGUGGCACCUCGGAGCUGUCUGAAUCGUUGUUUGUCCCGCAAGAAACAGACGUUGAGGAGAAUAUUCGUGCCUCUUUGGCUGGGAUGGAGUCCAUAUAUGAGUUGACCAAGAUUGUUGUUCAGAAAGCUAAGGAUGUGCUUGAGGAGAAGGAUCGUGAGAUUAAGAGUUUAGAUGAGACGGUGGCUCAGUUAGUUAGGGAGAAGGAUCAAAUUGGUUCUUUGCUUAGGAGCGCUUUGUCUAAGAGGAUGGCAGUUGAUCCAUCUUCUAGAAAGAGUGAGCUGUUUCAAGCUGCAGAGAAUGGGUUGAGGGAGGCUGGGAUAGAUUUCAAAUUUAGUAAGCUUCUUGGAGAUGGGAAGGUUGCAGCUUCAAAUGACAAGUCAGAUACAACGGAAAAACAAGAGGAUGAAAUAUAUUCCUUGGCCGGUGCUUUGGAGGAUGUUGUUAGGGCAUCUCAGCUUGAGAUCAUUGAGCUUAAGCAUACUGUGGGUGAAUUAAGGGCAGAGUUGAGCUUACUUAAGCAGCAUAUAGAAGCUCAGGUCAAGGAGCUUGACCAUAGAAUGCAUCGGAUAGAGGAACUUGAAGAGAAGGAGAGAGUGGCAAACGAAAAUAUUGAGGGACUGAUGAUGGACAUUGCUGCUGCUGAAGAAGAAAUUAACAGAUGGAAAGUGGCAGCAGAGCAAGAAGCUGCCGCAGGCAGAGGCGUCGAACAGGAAUUUGUGGCACAGUUGUCAGCACUUAAGCAGGAACUUGAAGAGGCAAAGCAAUCCAUGUUAGAAUCAGAGAAGAAACUAAAAUUCAAAGAAGAAACAGCUGCUGCUGCCAUGGCAGCCAGAGAUGCUGCAGAAAAGUCUCUUAAGUUAGCAGACUUGAGGUCAUCUAGACUAAGAGACAGAGUAGAAGAGCUUACUCAUCAGCUCGAAGAGUUUGAGAACAGGGAAGAUUCAAGGAGCCGUAAUCGGCCUAGAUAUGUGUGUUGGCCAUGGCAGUGGCUCGGCAUGGAUUUUGUUGGAUUUCAGCAGCGACCCGAUACACAACAGGAGGCUUCUAACGAAAUGGAACUUUCUGAACCUCUAUUAUAAUUGGGCCUUUUCUUUUCUCUUCUUUUUUAUUUUCCUUUGUGUAUUUAUGUUGAUUUCUUCAAAUUAAUAUUACAAAGUUGUAGUUUAUACCAUCAACAUGUUCCACCAUCUCUUAAAAUGCAGCCAUGGUGUUUAUUGGUUGAGCAUUAGACUCCUGUAAAAGUGAGAAAGUCUCUGAAGUCUGAAGUAUACAAGUGAGGGUGUGUUCACACGCUUGAAUUAAAAUGAGCUGUUUCCCUGCAUUAUCAUGUUGCAGCUGCUUCUGGCUUGGGUAGCUUGCUAUUGUACUUUGGUUGUUUUGAACGAACAUGUCAAGAAAGCAAUAAACAAAUACCCUGUCAUUACAUUACACUCAAAAGUCUAGACGUGUCCACGGGAAGCUUCUGUAUGGUCAAUUCUUUCAUUGAGCAAAUUGGCUUUUGAGGGAUCUAUGGAUUCGUCAGUCUCUCCCUUGUCCCUAGCAAGUCUAUAUUUGGAACAGGUGGAACAAGUGGAUCGGUCAACCACUCAACCUGACAAAUCUCUAGUAUAUCCAAUACAAUUUUAUUAAUAAAAUUAAUUAUUUUUUUUAGCUUUA